AUGACAAACCCCGACGGGAAUAAGGGACCGGCUGGGGUCUGCUGUGCGCGGAAAUCCCGGGGGGGCGGCCCGCGGGCUGCCCGGGAGCUGCUCCUGCUCUCUGAGGGUAAAGAAGGAAGUGGAAAGGCACUGGAGGAGGUGGCCAUGGCAGACUUGGAAAUAGCAGAAAUAGACAAGCGGACAGCAGAAGUUAUCAAUACUCAGUUUGAAAUCGUCAAGAAAGUGGAGAAAUCCAAAAGGAGUGUUGAAGCCAUUGAGGAGGAAGCAGAGCCUCCGUCACUUCCUCUGCCAAAGAAAUCCAGAGUUGACAGUCAGUGUCCUUCAGAGACAGAGGCUGAGAGUGUGAAUCCAAGAACUGCAAAGGUGAAGGCGUCCACCAAAAAGCCGCCCGUGUCCAGAAGACCCCGGUCAGCGAGAGUGAAGCGCAUGAGCAAGAGAUCAAGCAAAAACAGCUUUAUCACUCCAGCUACUGGGAGAAUGGGUGAUUUCUGUGCUCGGGGAGGUACUUCCAUGAUCACACCCAGAUUUGAUUCUAGGGUGUUCAAGACGCCGGGUUUGCGCACGCCCGCGCUCAACGAGCGCGUUUACACCAUCUCUGCCAACGGCAGCCCCCUCGCCGACACCGGGGACGCCUUCCUGACCCUGCCCCUGGGCGGAGGGGAGAGCAUACGUUUGACAGCAAAGGAUUUGACCAAGAAGAAUUUUCUUCAGCUGAACCCCAAGGCCCGGGGGCUCAUGAAGAAGUUGUCAGUUUGUCUCGCCCAGGCUUGCAGUGAGGCAAAGAAACCCGUGGAUGGAAGUCACUGAACGAUGCCAUCCCUCUGCAAAUAUGUGUUACAUUUAGGACUGCUACCUUCAUUUAGUUCUUCUCAUUUGUGUUCCUUUCAUUAAUUUACAGAAUGAAAGCUAAGAGCUAGUUUUUCUAUCUAUAAUAUGUACUGUAUGUAAUGGAAUCAAAAUAAAUUGCAUUUUUUUUUUAAUUUUUGAAG